AUGUGCACUCUGGAGAAACGUGAUGGCCUCUUUAUCCUUACAAUUUCCGGUGAUGAUGAGCACCGGCUUAACCCGAUUCUGAUCGACUCUAUCCAGGCAGCGCUUCACCGGGCUAGGAUUGAAUCCGAGUCUAUGGGACCCACGGCCCUCAUCACUACCGCCCAUGGCAAGUUCUUCUCCAAUGGCUACGACCUCUCAUGGGCCGAAUCAGAUCCAGACCCGAUCCAAGCCCUAGCUCAAACCCGACUUAAGUUGAUGUCCAAGAAGUUCCAGUUUUUAGUCUCCGACCUCAUAUCCCUGCCUAUGCCCACCAUCGCCGCCGUAACCGGCCACGCCUCGGCCGCCGGCUUCGUUCUAGCCCUAAGCCAUGACUACAUGGUGAUGCGCAAGGACCGAGGUUUCCUCUACAUGAGCGAGCUCGACAUCCGGAUGAAAAUACCUUCUUGGUUUGUGCAAAUCGUGAAAAGCAAAAUCGCGUCCCCGAAGGUGUGGAAGGAGGUGAUUUUGAAAUCCACCAAAAUCACUGCUGGUAUGGGGCUUCAGUGGGGAAUCGUGGACUCCGCACAUGAUAGCGUCGAGGAGACGGUGGAGGCUGCGGCAAGGCUGGGGACGGAGCUCGUAAAGAGGAAUUGGGAUGGCAAAGUGUAUGCGGAGAACAGGAAAACAAUUUUUGCUGAUGUGAUGGCAGCAUUAAAACCCGAUGAGACGGUCGGAUUCGGAAGUUAUGGAGAUACUGAUUCUGAUGAUAAUAGUAAGGCUGUUUCAAGACUCUGA